GAAGGGGAGGAGGAGGAAGAGGAAGGCAAGCGGGUGGUAGCGGCGCCCGGCCGAUCCAGAAGAUCCCUCCCCUGGAUGGAACCCAGCUGCCUCCAGUCCACCAUGGCGCUGGGGCUCUCCUCCAAGAAGGUCUCCUCCCGGAACAUUGCGGUGGAGAGGAAGAACCUCAUCACCGUCUGCAGAUUCUCCGUGAAGACGCUGCUGGAAAAAUAUACCAUAGAACCAAUUGAUGACUCAUCGGAGGAGUUUGUGAACUUCGCAGCCAUCUUAGAGCACAUUCUCAGCCAUCGUUUUAAGGGGGAACAUGGUCCAGUCAGUUGGUUCAGCUCUGACGGGCAACGUGGCUUCUGGGAUUACAUCCGCCUGGCCUGCAGCAAGGUUCCGAAUAACUGUGUCAGUAGUAUUGAAAACAUGGAAAACAUCAGCACUUCCAGAGCCAAGGGCCGGGCAUGGAUCCGUGUGGCAUUGAUGGAGAAGCGCAUGUCUGAGUAUAUUGCAACAGCUCUACGGGACACCAGAACCACCAGGAGAUUUUAUGAUGAUGGGGCAAUAAUGUUGAGAGAAGAAUCUACAGUCCUCACAGGGAUGCUGAUUGGACUCAGUGCCAUUGACUUCAGUUUCUGCUUGAAAGGGGAGAUCAUGGAUGGCAAGACACCUGUGGUUAUUGACUAUACACCAUACCUGAAGUUUACUCAGAGCAGCUAUGAUUACCUGAGCGAUGAAGAGGACCACCGGAGCUUGGAGAGCAGCACAAGCGAGGACAGUUCACCUGACCAUCCUUACCUCCCUCUAGUGACUGCGGAAGACAGUUGGUACAAUAAAUGGCGCAAGAUGGAGCAGAAGUUCCGCAUUGUGUAUGCACAAAAGGGCUACUUGGAGGAGUUGGUUCGACUGAGAGAGUCCCAGCUUAAGGACCUGGAGGCAGAAAACAAGCGCCUGCAGUUGCGGCUGGAGGAGGCAAAGGUGCAGAAUCAGUUAGAGAAACGGGAGCUGGAAGGAGUCAUCCUGGAACUGCAGGAACAAUUACUUCCCUCCUCCCGCUCUGCCCUCAGGACGGGCCUCAUCCCUUCUGACAACACCCAGUUCACUCAGCUCUCCAAGGAAAUGGCAGCACCCCUGGUGAAUCAGUGGCCCUCACUGGGUACUCUGAAUAGUAAUGAAGGUCGGCCAGAUGCCAAAAUAUACAGAAGGCACAGCUUUAUGAGUACAGACCAACUCUCAGCAGAGAUCAGCCUGAGUUCAGAUUCCCAGAGGAUGGGCGAAGGGAAGCAUGAAGAACCCUGGGGACCUCUGGGAAAGGACCCAACUCCAUCCAUGCUGGGCCUCUGUGGGUCCUUGGCCUCCUUGCCCAGUUGCAAGUCUUUAGCCAGCCUAAAAUCCAAUGAGUGCCUGGUGAGUGACAGCAUUGAGCCCAGCCCUGCGCAUAGUCCCAGCUGAGACAUCAGAUGGCUAUCCCUGCAAACCACUCGGUGCCUGUGGGGAAGCAGAGAUUGUCUGGCAGGCAAAUAUGAGUUGAGAAUUGAGUCCCGACGACUUUAUGGUAGUGGAGCGGGCAACUGGACUCUUCAUCCAUCCUGAUGCAAAAGAGCAACAUGCUCACAUCCUCAAUGGAACAUUCUUAUAAACAGACUGUUUUAUUUUCCUAAAAGUGGGAUCAGGGAAAUGCCGACAAUUUUCUCCCUGGUGUUUUUUUUAAAAGGCUGCACGCUUAUUGGAAGCUGGAAGGAUUGCCUGCCAAAAGUGCUUUUGUAAAAUGAUUCUGUAUUAUAUGUAAUAUAUAGACAUAAUAUAUAUGGUUGAGGUUGCUGAAAAGCUGUAGCCUCUGGGGAGGAGGACAGAGGAAGACCAAUUUUGUCAGGGACCAAGUAAGUGUGCAGUUCAAAAUGCAUUGCACAUUCUUCAAAAGUGAUUGCUUGCACAAUGAACAACAAGGUGGAGAAAAGGUGGCAGAACCAUGUCUGGUGAGGCCUUUUGAGAAGCAGCUAUGGCAAGGGAAGGCACCCAUUUUUUUAUCUGCUCCGUCUCUCCUCUCUCAUGCAAUUGAUGUGUAGAUCGCAGCUCCUCUUUUGGACAAAGUUGAUAUCUCCUUGAAAUUGGGAGGGGAAUCUAGUCAAUUCCAGAGACUACUUUUCUUUGAAGUUCAGGAAGCCUCUUCCAUCUUCCUCAGUCCUACAAGACUCCCAGAAAACCUACUUCCUACACGUUUCUCCUGCAUGUUUCUAUCUCAAUGGAAAUUUCUGCUCUAGGGAAGGAAGCGUGAAUCUCGGAAGCUGGAGGAGGGCCAGUUUAUACAUCCUGCCUUCUGAUGUGGCAAACAAUGCACAACUGGACGUCUCCCUUUGAAUUCUGAGGAGGCAAAGUGGACUUGGGAAUGCUGCGGUACAUAAGAAGACCACCACUUGCAACAGCUAUUAAACUGUUACAGGCUGAUAGCUGGGGAGAUUGUUAAAUUAAUGAACAAUUAAAAUCGAUUAAGGAGCCGAUA